CGUUUGGUUCUGAUCCCACGGGGCCACGACGGAUCGACACCCAGAGCAGGUUGGAGGACACACAGGUUUGGUACUUCUAACCUCUGACCCUGCAGCAGUGAUGGAGCUGGAUCAGAACUCUGGGGUUCCUGCUGACACUCUCCAGCAGACUGCAUCCCCUCCUGGUCUACACGGCCAUAGCGAGCAUGAGGAGGAGGGUCUGAACCAGGAAAAACAUCAGAUGGCCCACCAGAAGCAGAACCCUAAAGUUCACAGGUCGGAUGACGUCUCACCUGUCCAGCGUCCCCCGGUGAGGCGGGGCUCCAGAGGAUCAAUCCUGGCCAGAGAUCAGCUCAGCGACUUCAGCGACCUUCAGAUGUUGGUGGAGUUGAAGGAGCUGGAGAUGGACCAGAACCAGGACCUACACUGGAGGGAGACGGGUCGCUGGAUCCGAUUGGAGGAGGAUGUGGAGGAGGAGACGGAGCAGUGGAGGAGACCUCACAUCGCCGCGCUGUCCUUCCACCCCCUGAUGGAGCUCCAGAAGGUCCUUUCCCAAGGCGCCGUCCUCCUGGACCUUCAGCAGAAGACUCUGCCUGGAAUCGCCCAGCAGAUGGUGGAGCAGAUGGUGGCCUCAGGUCAGCUGAGAGGAGAACAUGGAGUGGAGCUGCUGAGGACUCUGCUGCUGCCGCACAGGCUGCAGACGGCAGGGAUUCCGAGUCCAGAACCGGUGCUGCUCAGGAGUCACGUUCUGUUGAUGGGCUUCAUUGGAAAAGACAACAUACCAGCUCCGCUGCUGAAGAACGCGGUGCUGUCAGAGUCCAAGGCCCGGGAACUGUAUGUUCAGGUGGUCCAGAACAUGAGGAAGAUGUUCCAGGAGGCCCGACUGGUGCACGCCGACCUCAGCGAGUUCAACAUGUUGUACCACGGCGGGGACGCCUACUUCAUAGACGUGUCGCAGUCGGUGGAACACGACCACCCUCAUGCUCUGGAGUUCCUCAGGAAGGACUGCAGCAACGUAAACGAUUUCUUCGUGAAGCACGGAGUGGCGGUCAUGACGGUCCGGGAGCUGUUUGACUUUGUCACCGACCCGUCCAUUACCAGCAGGAACAUGGAGCAGUACCUGGACAAGGCCAUGGUGAUCGCAGCCGAGCGGACGGCGGAGGAGAGAUCGGAUCAGGACCGCGUGGACGAGGAGGUGUUCAAGAAGGCCUACAUCCCUCGCACGCUGACCGAGGUGAGCCACUACGAGCGCGACGUGGAGCUGAUGAGGUCCAAGGAGGAGGAGUCAGCCAUCAGCGGUCACCAUGACAACGUUCUGUACCAGACGCUAACGGGUCUGAAGAAGGACCUCUCUGGAGUCCAGACGGAGAGGAAGAGGAUGGUGAAGGAAGCUCAGAGGGAGAAGAGGAAGAGUAAAGUCCCCAAACACGUGAAGAAGAGGAAGGAGAGGGUGGCCAAGAUGAAGAAGGGACGCUGUGUGAGAUGUUUGACCCGCACAGCCACCGUACCGUCCGCCAGGGCGGGACUCACCCAGUCGGUCCUGACAGGACCAGUUUGGACUCAGUGGGAACUGGGGCGCGGUGACAUCAUCACAUCCACAACUGGCGCGGUGGGCUUCCUGGACCAGCCCACCGUGGUGUUUGUGCGUCUGCAGGAGGCGGUUCUGCUGGACUCCGUUUUGGAGGUUUCCAUCCCAGUCAGGUUCUUCUUCUUGCUGCUGGGCCCACCUGCUGCCAACGUUGAUUACCGCCAGAUCGGGCGCUCCAUUUCCACGCUGAUGUCAGACAAGCACUUCUCUGAGGCAGCGUACCAAGCAGAGAGCCAGCAGGAUCUGCUGACAGCCGUCAACCGUUUCCUAGAGCGUAGCGUGGUUCUCCCCCCAUCUGAGGUCAACAGCGAUGAGCUGCUUCCCUCUGUCCCUCGGGUCCAAAGAGGAGAGAACGAUCAGAGCAGCAAAGUCCAGGAGAAGCAGAUCUGCUUACAGCAGGACAAAAACUCUCUGGUUCCGCUGAAGUCCAGUGAAGCUCCGCUGAAGCGUUCGGGUCGUCUCUUUGGAGGUCUGAUCACUGAUGUGACACGGCGAUACCCUCAGUACCUGAGUGACAUCCGGGACGCUCUGAACCCUCAGUGCAUGGCGGCCAUCAUCUUCAUCUACUUUGCUGCCUUAUCUCCUGCCAUCACCUUCGGCGGCCUGCUGGGUGAAAAGACGGAGGGACUGAUCGGUGUGUCGGAGUUGAUUGUUGCCACGGCGAUGCAGGGCAUCGUGUUCAGCGUGCUGGGAGCUCAGCCUCUGCUGGUGAUCGGCUUCUCUGGACCGCUGCUGGUUUUUGAAGAAGCUUUCUACACAUUUUGCAAAGACAAUGAGAUAGAGUACCUGACCGGCCGCGUCUGGAUCGGCUUCUGGCUGGUGCUAAUCGUCAUCAUCACUGUGGCCUUGGAGGGAAGCAUCCUGGUUCGAUUUGUUUCUCGCUUCACUCAGGAGAUCUUCUCCUUCCUCAUCUCCCUCAUCUUCAUCUAUGAGACCUUUGCCAAACUGGUGAAGAUUUUUAAGGAGCACCCUCUCCAGACCUGUUUCCAUGGAAACGGCACCUCAUCUCCUCUUCUAUGCAACCACUCCAUGACUGUGGGGGGUCCCAGUAAAACCAGUGGGGAGCCCAACACCGCGCUGCUGUCACUGGUCCUCAUGGCGGGAACAUAUUUCAUUGCCUUCUACCUGAGGAAGUUCAAGAACAGCUCCUUCUUCCCAGGAAGGAUCCGGAGAAUCAUCGGAGACUUUGGCGUUCCCAUUGCCAUCCUCAUCAUGGUUCUUGUGGACUACAGCGUGGAGGACACCUACACCCAGAAACUCAACGUUCCCAGUGGGUUCUCGGUGUCCAGUCCAGAGAAGCGGGGCUGGAUCAUCUCUCCACUCGGUUCUGACGGACAGUUCCCAGUUUGGAUGAUGGGAGCCAGCAUCCUGCCGGCGGUUCUGGUCUUCAUCCUCCUCUUCAUGGAGUCCCAGAUCACAGCGCUGAUCGUCAGUAAAAAGGAGCGGAUGCUGGUGAAGGGAACCGGCUUCCAUCUGGACCUGCUGAUCAUUGUGGUGGUGGGCGGAGUCUCUGCCCUCUUUGGUCUGCCAUGGUUGUCCGCCGCCACGGUUCGCUCUGUCACCCACACAAACGCCCUGACUGUCAUGAGCAAAUCCGUUGACCCUGGAGACAAGCCUCGGGUGCAGGAGGUCAAGGAGCAGAGGGUGACUGGGUUUUUGGUGGCGGUUUUAGUGGGUCUGUCCAUCGUUAUCGGGGACGUUCUACGCCAGAUCCCGCUGGCGGUUCUGUUCGGUAUCUUCCUCUACAUGGGGGUGAUGUCCCUGAAUGGGAUCCAGCUGACGGAGCGACUCAUCCUGCUGCUGAUGCCACCAAAGUACCACCCGGACCACAGCUACGUGCGGAAGGUGAAGACUCUGAGGAUGCACCUGUUCACCCUGGUCCAGCUGAUCUGCCUGUCUCUGCUGUGGGUUGUCAUGGCAACGGCAGCGGCGCUGGCUUUCCCCUUCAUGCUGCUGCUGACCAUCCCCCUGAGGAUGCUGCUGCUCCCCCGCCUCUUCAGCCCCAGGGAGCUACUGAGUCUGGAUGCUGAGGAUGCAGAGCCCCACCUGGAGGAGAAGGAGGGUCAGGACGAGUACUCUCACCUGCAGAUGCCUGUAUGAGCAGCUGCUGAGUGAACUGGAUCAGAACCAGACCAUCUGGACCUCAUAAAGGCUGCUUCUAAACGCUUUCAUCUGGUUAAUGCUCCUGUAAUAUUUCUCUGUAAAGAUCCAAAAUGACCAGAACCUUCAGCUCUGAGUAAAACUGAC